AUGGGAAUCAUAGGAAGCCUGCGCAUUUUGCUGUUGUUAGCAGUGUGUGUAGGUGUGGUGCAGCUAGGGCGCCAGACAGGGGCCUUCUUGGCUGGCGAACAGGAGGGGACAGUCGAAACCGUCAUCCCCCAGCCGAUAGAUAUAGCUGAGCACAUGACGGCACCUCUGUCAACUUCCAGGAAAGAUAGUUCCCUAACCCGAAGCCUAAGGGUGCCAGAAGAUACUAGCAAAUUGAGUUCUACUUUGGGUCAAGUGGCCCAAACAGUCGGUUCUACGUUUGGGUGGCGGACCUCCCCUCACAGCUCACCAGUCACUCCCCGGAAGCUCAAUAUCCCCGCCGGCAGCGUCAGGCACUUCGACCGAGUGGCGGCUCUGCACAGGGCCGCCAGCGCUCGGGAUGACGUCACUCCGGGCGCUGCUGACGUCACCCUGGGCGACGUGGUGACCAAGCUGCUGAACCCGGGCGCACGUCUUGGAGACGAUUCUGCUGGGGCGAGCACAACCAGCGAGAAACCCCGGCGCUCUCUGGCUCAGACUCCCCCGGUUCCGGACGGGCUCGGACUGUCCGUUCGGGUGGUAUCCGUUUUGAACGUUCGAUCGGGACAGCUAGGCAGCGUGACAGUGGAGUUGGUAGACGAAAAUGGGAUAGUGGUUCAGCAGGCAGAGGGAUUGGAACUAGACUGGGGGGGCUCCUUUCUUCUGGGGCCAACGGGUGGGAAAGUCGUCCUAGGGCGGGGCCUGGAGAUUAGGGCGCUGCAGAAAGGAGUCGCGGUGGUCACAUCAGUCUUGCAGGAGGUGGGAGACUACACCCUGCAACUGGUGCUCAAUAACCAGGCAGCGGCUUCUAUCCCAGUUACAGUUUUCCCCAAACCGGUACAAAGCAACAGCAUCAAAACCGCAGCUUCUGUCGCCGCUCAAAGCAGCCAAACAAGCACCCGAGACACGGUGACCGCGCCAAAACCCAAAACUUGGGCGACCAUAAGCGAGAAGGGUAACGAUUUUCCGGGGUGGCCUUGGCUUGUUGGAGGAGUCUCUUUCUUCCUCGUUGCUUCUGCCAUCGGGGUUGCCAUUUUCGCUGUACAUCUGCAGAGGAAACACACACAACAAGCACGGGGAGAACGUACAGCGGAUUUGCAGGCAGGCGGGGCGGAAGCAGGGGCGAACGAGAGCGAGGGGGUUUCUAAGGCUGUCCCGGACAGUUUGGAGAAUUCGGGGGAGAUAACCGGGCCCCAGGCGUUUCUGUGGGCGGUGCAGGAAACCGGGGGUCCGGGUUUGGACCAAAUCGGCCAGAAAACGGGAGGGGUAAGGCGGAACCGGACAACGGGGAAGAACUCCCCGAGACUGCUGUCGAUGGCCGUCCAGAAAUUGCGGGAGAAGAACCUGGAAGCGGCGAAGAAGGGUAGCAAACAAAGCGGAGAGGAUGGCAGAACGGAGGUGUUUGUCGAGGGCAAGAAUCAAGCAGGGGACGCAACCAGGGAGAUGAACAGAACAAGGGAAGACCCGGUUGAAGGUGAACCGAGAAAGGAAGGCCGGCCGGUGAAACACGAAGCCGAAGAGACGGAAGUUGUAAAAGGGGCUGUCACGGAAGGUGCAGAUACGUCUACCGUUCGGAACGGCGCCACUCUGAGAACAGAGAAAGAAGACGACACCUCGGACGGGACCAAAACCGUCAGGGAUUCGGAAAACAAUGAGGGAGAAAAUCAGGUGGCUGGACGGAGAAGAGAAAGCAACUUGCCGGUUCUUUCUGGUGACGAAGCCGCCAGCGUUCCUUCCCCGCAGGGGGGCCAUGGCAGCGCUCUAUGGUCCCCCCUGACGUUCAGCGUUCCGAGCGCCUUCGCGGAAAGGCCCCCAUCUCGGAAGCGGCGCUCCCUGAAGGGGGAUCCCCCAAAAUCUCGAACUCCCAAGUCCCGGAAAGCAAGCAUCUUCGCUCCCAAAAAAGCAAACGAGCCGAAACGGACCAAGCAGACGGAUAGAGAGCUUUGGUCGCCUGUGCGCUUCGUGUCUCCACCAAUCGCAAAACCGGGCAAGAUCAGAAGAACCGAGGGCGCGGAAACGGGCGAAAAGGGGAAGUUUCCGCCGGAAACGGAAACGCGGAGAGCCCUUACGUUCCGACCAACGCCCCUGGAUAUCCCGGGGGCGACCGGGCCCCUCAAGCAGAGCGCGCUGUGGUCGCCGGUGAAGACGUUUGGCACCGCUCAACCGGUUGACGUGCUUAACGUUUCUGAGAACCGGGCAGUAGCCAGGGGUCCGGGGGUUGCUGUACUGGCAGGGGGAAAGGAGAAUGCGCUCGGGGCGAGAAAGCUUCAGCCGACUCGAUUUAAGAGCGCAGCAAAGGAGACCAUCCCUUUGAGUAAGGAAAUAUCUGUCAAAGCAGAAGAGAAGGAAGAACAUUUGACGGAGGGGGCGAGCGACUUGGCGACACCUUCGGGGAGUGGCCCCUCUCUCUGGUCGCCGACUUUCAACGAACUGAUGGAAACGGAGGCGACUCCCGAGGCAAUGGCGGCCAAGUCAGAUUCCGGCGGCCCCGUGAAGGAGCUCGAGCAAGCGCCACGUGGCGUCAAAAGAAUGGCCGGGCGGGCCACGCUGUCUUCGACUAGCGGGGCGGAGAUCGCGGCGCUGCUGCAGGAACUAGAGCGGCGGACGGCCGGCCAGGCGGGGCCCUUGCAUACGCUAUCCCCGUACACGGCUUAUGAGAAGCUGGUGGCGGAGGAGAGGAAGAAGAAGAGGAGCGAUAACCGGGCGCGGUUUUUGUCCCUGGGGGGAGACGAGAUGCUGGGCGCAGAUGUCGUGAGUCCGUCGGAGUUGGACUCGCCGCAGGGGGUGACCAUGAGCUAUGACGUCGCGCAGGGGGACGACGACGUCACUCUCUCUGCGUUUGUCGAGGUCUGA